AUACCUGCUCAUCCUGCGGUCCAUGUCAGCUCUCAAUUUCAAUCGGAUAGCCAGCCGUCAUUACUCAUUUUGAAAAACGAUGGAUCGAUUUACUACAGUGAUACUGGAUCUCGACGCAUGCCGUCAUGCCAUUACGAAAGUUUCUUCAACACUCCAUUCACCUGCGCCGAGCCGCUCAGCUACUUCACCGCUUUAAUAACUAUCAAAACAAGCGAGACGACAGUACAACGCGCUCAAAGAGCUUACUGCUUCUUCGUUCCUGACUCUUGUCUAAAUGGCGGAUCUCCCAAUGAGGUACCUGGAGUGAUGUUUUGUAUGACAUACGGCUCAUGCAGUUGCCCAACUAACUUCAAUGGUGCUAACUGCGAGCAUCCGAUCUGCCUGAAUGGCGCUACAGAAAAGGAUUAUGAGUGCAUAUGUGCUGCUGGAUACAUCGGACAAUUUUGUCAAUUC